GCCAAUGUUUAUCAUGCUACAAAAUCUGAUGGUCAAGAACUUGCAAUCAAAGUCUACAAAACUUCAGUUCUUGUAUUUAAGGAUAGAGAUCGGUAUGUACAAGGUGACUAUCGUUUCAGAUACGGAUAUUGCAAGCACAAUCCCAGAAAAAUGGUCAAGACUUGGGCUGAGAAAGAAAUGAGGAAUCUUAUGAGGCUAAAGGCAGCAGGAAUAAGGUGCCCCACUCCGAUUCUCUUGAGACUUCAUGUUCUGGUUAUGGAAUUCAUAGGUGAGGGAGGUUGGGCUGCACCUCGGCUCAAGGACGCUGCUUUGUCUCUGGACAAGUUUCGAGAAUGUUACAUGGAGAUCAUUAUGGUAAUGCGCACACUGUACCAGAAAUGCAAGCUGGUGCAUGGCGACCUCAGUGAAUAUAAUAUUCUUUAUUUUGAGGGGCACUUGCAUAUCAUUGAUGUCUCACAAUCAGUUGAUCUUGAUCAUCCUCAUGCCCUUGAUUUUCUUCGAGAGGAUUGUGUUCAUGUUUCUGAUUUCUUCAGGAAACAUGAUGUAGGCGUUAUGACAAUACGAGAAUUAUUUGAUUUUAUAGUUGAUCCUUCUAUUAAUGAUGAUUCAGUGGAUAGUUACUUGGAAGAGGUGCAACAAAAAAUUUUGGCUAGAGGCCAUGUAAUUUCUGCAGAAGAAGAAAUUGCUGAAUCUGUAUUUAUGCAGUCAUACAUUCCAAAAACACUAGAUCAUGUCAAAAAUGCAGAGGAGGAUGUGCAGCGGCUGAUUAGUGGUGCUGACACUGGAGACAUGUACUAUCAAACUAUUACGGGUCUUAAGCAGGCCCUUUCUAUUUCUGACUCUUCCUUGGCAGAAAGACAGUCACAUGAGCAGGUUGGGCAACCUAUGGAAGAUGUUUCACUACAAGAUGAAAACUCGGAAUCAGCCAGCAGUGGGUCCAGAAGUGGAACGGAUGAAGAUGAAAGUGAUUCAACUGACACAGAGGAAUUAGAUUCAUCAUGUGGAGGCAAGCAGCCGACUGCUGCUGAUAGAAAAGCUGCUAGGAAGGAGAACAAGAAGAAAGUCAAAGAGGAGAAGAGGGAGGCUCGCAAACACAAAGUUCCAAAAGCUGUGAAGAAGAAAAAGAAAAAGUUGGCAAAAGCCAAGAAGUAUAGAUAGGCGGCUAGUUAGCAAGUUUAUCUUUCACCGAGGCAUGUAAGAAGCUGCCACGGCAUGCUUGCCUGAGCUAUUUUCUGUUUGAUGAAAGCUCUCAAUUUUUGAUCUCAUACGUUGCUCCGCACUGUCUCUGAAUUCUGACGUCCCAAUAGUAAGGUGGUUAUUGAUGAAGUAAUAAUAAUUCAAGAAUAA